UACUGUCUUGAGAACCAGUCCCCACACAAGCUUUCAGAUGAAGAAAUUGCUGGAUCGCUCUUUGGCACCAACUCAGACAUGACUGCUAUAGUGAUCAUGUGUGCUGUCAUAACUUCUGCAUGUUAUCCCAAGGCACAGGAGAAAGUGCAGGAGCAACUGGAUAUCAUUGUUGGUCUUGACAGAGGUAUGUCAAGGCUCAUCUUAGUGAAUGAACCUCAACCUGGUUGUUAUAGCUCCCAUAUUCAACUAUAUUUCCCUUCCACAGAUCGCAGUGUUCAUGUUGAAGUGGCAAUCCCACAUGACCCAGUGUUUACCUCAAACCCAACAAGUUCAACCCUGAGGCCUGAGAGAUGGCUUAACAGGAAAGGCAAAAUUUGCAACAACAUCAAGUUCACUUCAUAUGGCUUUGGACACAGGUUCUUCAUCAACAUCACACUCCUCCUGUACUUGUUCACGAUCACUUGGGACCCAGAGAACUGGGUUGAUGAGAUGGGCUUUGUGAAUGGUGUGAUUUUGCACCCCACACCAUUCACUGCACACUUUCAGCCACAGUUUGGGUAUGAGCCAUCAUUGAGGGAUGUGAUGGCUCAGUAUGGGGAGGGGUUGUAG